CUUUCACAUGACCUUCGAGGUAUUUACAUAAUGUCGUCGUCGAGCUCGCCGUGCGCGGCCUGCAAGCUGCUCCGCCGCAAGUGCACGCAGGGGUGCGUCUUCGCGCCCUACUUCCCGCCGGACCAGCCCUCCAAGUUCGCCAACGUGCACAAGGUCUUCGGCGCCAGCAACGUCUCCAAGCUCCUCAACGAGCUCAACGCCUCGCAGCGGGAGGACGCCGUCAACUCGCUCGCCUACGAGGCCGAGGCGCGCCUGCAGGACCCCGUCUACGGCUGCGUCGCCUACAUCUCCAUCCUGCAGCACAGGAUCAGGCAGACGCGCGAGGAGAUCGCCAACGCGCGCAAGGAGCUCGCGGGGUACAUCGGCAACGCCGCCUACGCGCCCGUCGUCCCCGUCCCCAACGCCGCCGCGCUCGCGCAGGCGCAGUACGCCGCCAUGGGCCUCCACCCCCAGCACCAGCAGCAGAUGCUCGUGCAGCAGCAGGUGCCGCACCACCACAACCAGUACAACAACCAGCUCCACCACCAGCAGCAGAUCGUCGACGCGCAGCACAUGGCGGCCGCCGUCGAGGCCGCCACGCGGGGACAGCACCAGCACCAGCAGGACAUGAUGAUGAUGCGCCAGGGCUACGCGCCGCCGCAGGGCGUGCCCACGGUCGCGAUCGUGCCUCCGGGCCCGGGCUCCGCCAACCCCGCCGCGUACGGCGGCGCGCCGGCGCAGUUCCUCAUCCAGCAGCAGCAGCAGCCGGCGCCGUCCGCCCUCACGACCUUCCGCACGGACCAGCAGUCCCCGCCGCCGCAGUCCUCGGGACACUCCCACGUCGACAUGUCCCAGCACCAGCAGCAUCGGCAGCAGCACACGGACGGCAGCGACGAGGGGAGCGGGGGCGCCCCGCCCUCGGCCUGA